AUGAUGCUUCUGCUUCUAUUCUUCCUCUUGUUUCCGGUCGGCGUCUUUCCGGCGGAACGUUGCGAUGGAAAUGACAAAACUGCCCUUCUAAAGUUCAAAUACAGCUUCUCAAAUCCUAACCCAUUGCCCACAUGGGACCCUAAUUUUGAUUGCUGUGACUGGUAUGGUGUAGAAUGUGAUGAGACCACCAACUUUGUCACUAGACUCACCAUCAUCUCUGAUUAUCUCUCCGGCACCAUUCCUCCGGUCAUCGCCAAUCUGACCCACCUCCAAAUCCUCCGGUUUCACAAGAUCCCAUUUCUCGUCGGCGAGAUUCCUCCGGCCAUCGGAAAAUUAUCACAACUUGAUUCCCUGGAAAUCAGUUGGUGCAAUAUCUCAGCCUCCAUACCCAAUUCUCUUGCAGACCUAAAAAAACUCAGAUUUCUUGAGCUCUCAUUCAAUAGACUUUCUGGUUCAAUCCCACCAUCACUUGCAACAAUGCCUAAUAUCAUCCAUAUAGACCUUAGCCGAAACCAACUCACCGGGACUAUCCCUGAAUCUUUCGGGCAUUUUCAUGAUAGAGGCACACCACUAGGACUUUUUCUAUCUCACAACAAACUAUGGGGUGAAAUUCCUGCAUCAUUUGCCAACAUAAACUUUUCUGGAAUUGAUAUUUCUAGAAAUAAUUUUUCGGGCGAUGGGUCGAUGUUUUUUGGCACGAAUAAAGUCACCAGUACUCUUGUGAUAUCGAGAAAUAAUUUCGAGUUCGAUUUCUCGAAAGUGAGGUUUAUGGACUCAUUGGUAACGUUGGAUAUAUCGCACAAUAAGAUUAAUGGGAGUAUUCCGACCCAAAUUACUGAUGCAAUUCUUUUGCAACGGUUGAAUGUUACUUAUAAUAGAUUGUGUGGAGAGAUACCUACCGGAUGGAAAUUGAAGUAUCGGCGGGAGGGUUUCGAUAAUUCGUCGUUCUUCCACAACCGUUGUUUGUGUGGGGUGCCAUUGAAUCCAUGUAAACUGUGA